UUAUGCUUAAAAGAGGCUCGCACGCAUCGCACACGGCUGACGGCGUGUAUCGCGCAUAACCUCCAAGGCUAUGAGAGUUUCUCCCCCACAUUUCGUUUAUGAAUGUAAACAUGUAAAAUGUCCAGUUACGAAAGCUUUCCUGAAUACCAUAUUAACGUAAUGCCACAAGUAUGACCAGCAGAUAAAUAACGAUUGAUUGCAACGCAAGUUUAGAACAUGUAUAGUUAUAUUCAAGAUGCAUAAUAGUAAAGAAUAUCAAGUAUAGUAUAGGUAUAGCUAUAGGUGUAACAAGCCUCAAAGCAACGCGCAUCAGUAUAUAGCUCGCCGUCAUGGCGGAAAUUCGUUUAUACGAUUCGACAAUUUGUCGAUUAUGUGCGGAAAAUAAUGACAACGGCGAAAUGUUAUUCACUCAUGAGUCCCAAGAUACGGAGCUUAGUGCGAUGGUCAACCGUUAUUUACCGCUCAAGGUUUACGAUGAUGGCAAAUUACCACGCACCAUUUGUCCUGGAUGUAAUAUCCAGUUGGAAGCCACUGUCCAGUUUUUUGAACUACUUAUUAAUGGUCAGCGUAAAAUUCGAGAAAUGUGGAAACAACAAGUUGAAUUGGAAAGUAAAGCUGAACAAGAGCAUUACAAAGUCAAGAGUAUUAAUUUAACUUUGGAUAAUUCAAAAUUGAUAAAUUCAGAAAAUGAUAAUUCAGAAGGUACUGAGCAACAAAUUGUUAUUAAUGUAAUGCCAGAUGGUUCUGUAUUUGCGUCAGAACAUGAUUUGAGUUUACAAAUGGAAGGGUUGGAUAAACCUAAAAAAAGACGAGGUCGCCCACCAAAAGGAUGCAUAGAAGAAGAAGUAAAAGAGGAAAAAGAAGAGUACACAGAAGAAGAAGACGAUAAACAUGAUGAAAUGGAUGGAGAUGGAAGACAAAGGAGAAGACGCAAAGUUCCUAAAAGAUACAUAGAAACUGUGCGUGGUAAAGAGUUAGAAAAAAUGUUUAAAGAAGAAGGUGUCUAUGAUGAAGACGACGUCCAAGUAAAGUAUGAAGCUGAUGAAAAUCUUAAUACUUCAACUGCAGAUAGUAGCAAUAGUGACACAGAAAUUAUUGGGCAUUUAGAAACAAUAGAAGGAGAAAAUUUAGGGGAAUUUGUGGUAGUCAAUAGAAAUAAAGUUCGUUCUAAAUCAAAAUCUCAAAGAUCCAAGUUUAAAAAAAAACACAAAUUUACAUGUUCCUAUUGUGGCAAAGGUUUUCUACAACGAAGUAAAUACAUUAUUCAUGAAAGUUUACAUAAAACUAUUAACUAUGAAUGUGUUGAGUGUCAAGACCAAUUCACUAAUAAAGAAGAUCUAAUGUUUCAUCAGAAAUCAUUAGCUCAUUCUGGAAUUAAUGUAAUCGAAACUAAUAAUGAUCUAAUAGAUGACAAAAAAGUGAAUUCACACAAUUCAGUUGCUGUUAAAACAGUAGAUAUAAAAUUAACUAAUAGUGCUGAACUUGAUAAAAGUUCAAGUAGCCCAUUAACUAGUACUUUUAAUGAUACUGGGGGCUUGAAAAGUUUGGAGCAAGAUGAAUUGCAAGAGAUUCUUGAAGAAAAGCAAGACAAUUCAAGUCAAGAUGAACCAUCUAAUGAUUCAGAAUUUCAAGAUUUGAAUGGUAGCUUAAAAUGCUUGAAAUGUAAUAAACAUUUUCAAUCAAAAGAUAAUUUAGAAGCUCAUGUGAAAGUAGUUCAUGAAGGAGAAAAACCUUUUAUAUGCGAAAUAUGCAGCAAGGCAUUUGCAUAUCAAUCAAGCUUAAAAGGACACAUGGAGAUAGUUCAUACAGAUACCAAUACAGAUAAAGGAUUUCCUUGUGACAUAUGUGGAAAAGUUUUGAAUCACUCAAGUUCAAUAGUGUAUCAUAAAUUAACAGAACAUAAUAACGGACGUCGAUUCGUGUGCAAUAAAUGUGGAAAAAGUUUCAAACAUAAACAGCUUUUACAGCGACAUCAACUUGUUCACUCAGAAGAUAGACCGUAUCCAUGCAAGUCUUGUAAUGCAUCAUUUAAAACAAAAGCAAAUUUGCUAAAUCAUCAGUCAACUCAUACUGGAGAGAAAAAACAUUUUUGUGAACUCUGUGAUCACAAAUUUGCUCAUAAAACAAGUCUUACUUUACAUUACAGGACUCAUACAGGUCAAAAACCUUACAAAUGUGAAGUUUGUUCAAAAAGUUUUUCACAAAAUGGUAAUUUGCAAGAACACAUGAGAAUUCAUACAGGAGAGAAACCCUACUGUUGUGAUCAUUGUGGUAGGAAAUUUACAACGUCUUCCCAGUUCAAGUUGCAUGUUAAAAGACAUACAGGAGAACGGCCUUGGAAAUGUGAAUUUUGUGGAAAAACAUUUUUGCACAAAGAUACUUGGAAAUGUCAUGUACGUAGACAUACAGGAGAACGUCCCUUCACAUGUGCAUAUUGCAAUCGCGGUUUUACGGAACAAUGGGCUUUGAAAAAACAUUUAAGAUUUCAUACAGGGGAAAAACCAUACAGCUGUGAAAUUUGCGGAAAGGCUUUUGCAGAUUGUUCGAAUUUAACAAAACAUAAAAAGGUUCAUAAAAAUCAACCACCACCAGAUUCGUCAGAAUUAUUGGAUGGAAGAGCAAACAUGGGACAAGUUUGGCAAAUUCUACCAGAUUCUCAAGAACAAAAUGCAAGCAAUUUAAAUAAUCUAGCUCAAGUUAUGACAACUGAUCAAGUUUCUCAAGAUGAUGGCAUGUCUCAGAUAAUUUAUGUUGCUUAUCAAGAUCCAGAUCAAUCAAAUGAGUCUGAAACAGUACAAUUCAAUAAAGAAAACGUGAUAGCUGAUCACGAAAGAAACUUGGAUCAAGUUUGUAAUGAUGAAAAUUCAAUAAAUGUGAACGAGCUUGCGGAAUCUGAUUUACAAUUGCAAAUAACUGAUGAAGAUGGCAAUGCCAUUCCACUAUCUAUACAAGAAGCUAGACAGUUGUUGGCUCAAGGACAUUUUAUUAGUCAGUUAGAUGGUGGGCAAACAAUUAGAGUACAAAGUAUGGAUACACCUUUAGAUAGUAUUUCAAACAUUGAAGAAUCCGAAAACUCUGUAAAAGAAAAUAAUUUGCAAAAAAUCAAUAUAGCAGCGUCAUCUAUUCAAACUGAUGCUGAAGCAAUAGCAAAAGUCUUGGAGGAUGAAGAUACUGAUGCAACAGCUGUAGCAUCUGUUAACCAAAUAAAUACAGAGGACCAAUUGGAAUUGGCUGAUGGUCAACAAGCUAUAGAGUUUAUUACUCAAGAUGGUCAAAAAGUUCGAUUGGUGACUUCUCUGAAUGUAGACCCACUACAGUUAGCCUCUGAGUACCUGACUAUUGUUUAAGUUAAUUUAUGGCGAUAGAGCUAUAAAUCGUUUAAACUAUUGUGAUAAUUAUACAAAACAUUUUAUUUCAUGAAUUAUUCUCUGCAUAUUAAGUUAUGUAUAAAUUGUAGAUUUUAAAAACUAUUUGCUUCAUGAUAAAAAAUAAUGUAAAAACUUAACAUAUGUAUAUGUGUGUAAGUAUGAAAUGAUAUUUUCAUUAUCACCAUUUAAUAAUUACAGAAAAUUGCUUACAAUAUAAAAUCAUGAUGGUAUAUUGUUGAUUUAACCAAAUUAAAUUGGUAUAAAAAUUGUAGAUACAACAUAUGCUUUUUAUUACUAAUCAUACCAAUUCCAGUUUUGAAAAUGAUUAACCAUUGUUUUACAUGUAUUUUGAGAGUGUUCAAGAGUAUUAUACAAAUAGUAUCAAAAUGACACCUAAAGCAGAUAUAUUAAAUAAAAAUGACGCAUAGAAAAGCUACAUUAUUAAAAUAAUUUGAACCACCAUUCGGUUCACACAUAAAUAUUUAAUACUAGUACUGUAAAUUUGAAUCCAGAAUACUUUUUCAAUUAAUUAAAAGAAUACUUCAAGUAGAUAUAAAUUGUAAGUUACGGGAAAAUUUGUGUAAUACAUUAAAACAUUUUCUUAUUUGGAUUUUAUAUUGCUAAUUAGUAAGAUACGCAUACUUAUAGAAAUAAAAAGAUGUACAUAUACGUAGUACUAGGUGUAUUUAACAAGUUUAAUUACCAAAUAACUCAUAAACCUUACAAAUAAAAAAAAAA